CCCAGGGUUGACAGUCUUUAGGAGUAUCUCGUCGGUGCCCUAGCCAACCGUGACAAACGCUCAAAAAUCUUGAGUCAUCGAGAAACACCUGGUAUUGUGGUCGUUUAAGCGUGUUUAAAUUCUGUUGAAUCGGGUGGUGGAGUUUUCCUCGAACUGCAAUGGAAGAUUUAGGCAUUAUUUUGCCCGAUAAGGAUGUGGGCGAGUCUGAUUCUAAGCCAGUUACCGGUCAUUACACAGGAGCUGGAGACGAGCUGGACGUCGAAGAUCUUUACACUAAAUAUAAGAAACUACAAAGAAUGCUGGAAUUUCUUGAAGUACAAGAAGAAUAUAUCAAAGAUGAGCAACGUAAUUUAAAGAAAGAAUAUUUGCACGCACAAGAAGAAGUUAAGCGUAUCCAAAGUGUACCUCUGGUUAUUGGUCAAUUUCUUGAAGCUGUUGAUCAGAAUACUGGUAUAGUAGGAUCUACAACAGGCUCAAAUUACUAUGUACGGAUACUAUCUACUAUAGAUAGAGAACUUCUGAAGCCCUCUGCUAGCGUAGCUCUUCACAAGCAUAGCAAUGCUUUGGUGGAUGUAUUGCCACCGGAAGCAGAUUCCAGUAUCUCGAUGUUACAAGCAGAUGAGAAGCCAGAUAUCCAAUACAGCGAUAUAGGUGGAAUGGAUAUGCAAAAGCAAGAAAUCCGGGAGGCAGUGGAACUGCCUCUUACUCAUUUCGAGCUGUAUAAACAGAUCGGUAUUGAUCCUCCGAGAGGUGUGCUCAUGUACGGGCCACCUGGCUGUGGGAAGACUAUGUUGGCGAAAGCUGUCGCCAGACAUACUACUGCUGCUUUCAUUCGCGUAGUAGGAUCUGAAUUUGUGCAAAAGUACUUGGGCGAAGGGCCAAGGAUGGUACGAGACGUGUUCCGCUUGGCGAAGGAGAACUCACCGGCUAUAAUAUUCGUAGAUGAAAUAGACGCUAUUGCAACGAAGAGAUUUGAUGCCCAAACUGGGGCAGAUCGCGAGGUGCAACGUAUUCUUUUGGAAUUACUUAAUCAGAUGGAUGGCUUCGAUCAGACUACUAAUGUCAAAGUUAUUAUGGCGACGAACAGAGCGGAUACAUUGGACCCUGCAUUGCUCCGCCCUGGCAGACUGGAUCGCAAGAUCGAGUUUCCGUUGCCCGAUCGUCGGCAGAAGCGCCUAAUUUUCUCUACGAUCACUGCGAAGAUGAAUCUGAGCGAAGAAGUGGACCUCGAGGAUUAUGUGGCACGGCCGGACAGAAUUUCCGGCGCCGAUAUCAAUGCUAUCUGUCAGGAGGCUGGAAUGCACGCAGUCCGUGAAAAUCGUUACAUAGUUUUAGCGAAAGAUUUCGAAAAGGGCUAUAAAAAUAAUAUCAAGAAAGACGAGUCCGAACACGAAUUCUACAAGUAAAUUAAACUAUACUGCGUCGCACGGGCUUUUAUCUUAUACAUGUAUUACCUCUAACAUAUGCAUAUGAUAUGAUAUACAGAUAUUAUGGCAAGAUUAAACUGAUGAAUAUAAUUGUCUUGCGUUCUACAUUGAUUCAUCUGUUGCGAAAAGUGAGAUCACCUUAGAGAUGCGUAUAGAAUCAAUCACUUUCAACAGGUGUGAUAUUUUGCCCUCAGGCAAGCAAAAAUUGUUUUUAGGAGAAAGAAAUAAUGUUAGACAUUUUACAGUUUUUUGUAACUCUACCCAACAAAAAUUAUUUUUCACUAUUUAAAUUCUCUCGUUGAGUUUUCUUAAGUAUCACACGAGCAAUAUUGAUAUGAAAUUGACUUUGUGGAAAAUAAAAUUCAUGAAAAGAG